AUGGCGGAGGAAACGUCUGCCAAGCGUCAUCAUGGCGAGACGUCCGAGAAGAGCAGGCUCAAAGGGGUUGAGCUCCACGGAAAGGAGACGCUGGAGAUCGUCUGCACCAGCGAACUAGACAAGGCCGACGCGAUGAUGAACCUGCUCAGGAUGAAGGGCGGCGGCUUGUAUCCGAGCUUCAUUAGAGUUGAUGUGGAGUACACCAGCAAAGAUGAACCUCCCCAGAUGGCAGCAGUCCUGCAGUUGUGCGUUGAGGAACUCUGCUUGGUGUACCACAUCGCAGCGGCCACAAAAUCGCCCAAGCGCCUCAAACAAUUCCCGCAGGAGGAGAAAUUGUACACAUUUGCCAGUUUCAGCAUUGAAGAUGAUAAGAAGAUGCUGAAUAAGUUUGGUUUGGAGAUUAACCCCAACAACUUCAUUGACAUGCAGCACAAGUGGAAAGUUCCAAUCACAAACAAAUUCUACAACUCCUUAUCGAUGUUGCAGCCAGUGUCAUCCACCCAUUCUACAAAGGCAUGA